AUGGACGACGGACGCAUCCCAAAAGACGUUUUGUAUGGCGAGCUUGCCAUAGGGACUCGGCCAAGUGAACGGCCCACCCUCCGCUACAAAGACGUCUGCAAACGUGAUCUGAAGGUAUGCAGCGUCAGUUCAGCGGACCUAGAAUCAGCGACAUCAGAUCGCGCCACCUGGCGAUCUACUGUCACAGCGGGGGUCCUGCAAGCCGAAGAGAGGAGGAAGAGUCAGUGGGAAGAAAGGAGGACCCGCAGGCGGCAGAGGCUUCAGGCAGCUCCCAUCGCCACCACCACCAACUACACCUGCAGCAAAUGCCAAAGGACCUGUAGCCGCACAGAUAGGGCAGUUCAUUCGAAGAGAAGAGAAGAGAAGAGAAGAGAAGAGAAGAGAAGAGAAGAGAAGAGAAGAGAAGAGAAGAGAAGAAAAGAGAAGAGAAGCAAGAGUCAACCAGAGUAG